UAGAAUAAAGUUCGAGGCGGGCACACUUUACUUUAGCAAAGAAGGGGAACGGCCCCCGCGGCAGCGGCAACUCUUCGUUACAGGGCAGACUCGUCCUCCCGCCACGCCGCCGACCAUGGCGUCGGCUGAGCUGGCCCAAAAACUGCAGCGUCGCUUGCUGCGGGACGGGAGCACGUCAGAGCCUCCUCCCGAGGAAGGGGAUGGCGGGCUCCCCUCCUCCGGCAGCGCUGAGCCUGCAGGAUCCGAGCCGAGCCUCGAAGACUCCGACGAGGACCGGAGCGUGCUGAGCGCCGAUGCCGACCCGGAGCUGACCGCCAAACUGAGUCGCAGACAGGACAUCAACGCGGGCGCAGCGCGGCCCCGCCUUGCCCAGAUCUUCAAUCCCUACACGGAGUUUAAAGAGUUCACUCGCCGGCAGAUCAAGGAUAUGGAGCGCCUGUUCCGACUGUAUGAUUCUGGGAAGGAUGGUUACAUUGACCUUAUGGAACUGAAGCUGAUGAUGGAGAAGCUUGGUGCACCUCAAACCCAUUUGGGCCUGAAGAAUAUGAUCAAGGAAGUAGAUGAAGACUUUGAUGGCAAACUCAGUUUCCGUGAGUUCUUGCUAAUUUUUCACAAAGCUGCAGCUGGAGAACUUGAAGAAGACAGUGGCUUGAUGGCUUUGGCAAAACUCUCUGAAAUAGAUGUCGCCCUUGAAGGAGUAAAAGGAGCCAAAAACUUCUUCGAAGCAAAGGUUCAAGCGUUGUCUUCAGCUAGCAAGUUUGAAGCAGAAAUAAAAGCAGAACAAGAUGAGCGAAAACGUGAGGAAGAGGAAAGGAGGCACCGCAGAGCAGCCUUCCGAGAGCUCAAGUCUGCCUUUAGUCAAUAACUGAGGCAGCUGAUCAGCUGACCUGAGGCUGGUGUACAUUCUUACAAGUUUUGCCUUUGACUAGAUGCUUACCUGGAGAGGAAACAAACCUGGUUUGAUGCCUCCCCUCCCCUCCCCUCCCCUCCCACACUCUGAAUAAUGCAAAUACUAAGAGGAACCCCUUCAUUUUAAUGGGCAUGAGUUAGCAAAAUUAGAAUAUCUUAAUGUUGAAACCCCAGGUCAGGAACACCUGGUGAAUAAAAAGAGUGCUGACCAAUUACAUCUAGAAAAUACUGCAUAUUAUUCUGAAUCCCCCGACUCGCAGCUGCAUAGGAUUCUUUUCUAUAUGCCUUUUGGCUCUUCCUUAAUUUCACAAAAUGAUGGUUUCCUUCCAGAGAAGUGACAGUGAUGGGGCAGAUGGAAUUCUUCUAGCUACCAUUUGUGGUUCUUUCAUGUACUAACAAAUUCCUGGGACCUAAUUCCCCACAUUGUGCUCAGCAUCCUAAAAAAUAGGCUUCUGAGACAGGCAUGGCCAUGCAGGUGGUACUGGUAAUCAAUUAAUAGAUAGUGGUUGUGAUCCAAUGAUCUUCUUGCAUUAGUGGAAAGCCUUGUCUCUCAUGCAAGGCAUGCCCCCUUUAUGUCAAUUCCUCCCUCCUGCAGCAACUCUCAUUGUCCUCCAAACCUUAAAAGCAGGUUUUCAUGGGCCACCAGGGAGUGCAUCUGGAAAGAGGGGGCAGGAAAGCCCUGUUGCACAGGUAAAAUUCCACUUGUGCUUUCCGGAUCCAAGCCACUUUUUGAUUUUCUCAUACAUGUUCUGUUCAAGCAUACAGCAGUCACCAUUUUUUUCCAUUCCAAAUGACUGUAGUGUGAGCAAGAAACAGGACUAACAAUGGGUUAGGGCUUUUGAUAUUCUUUUUCAUAUUCUUCAUGGGUCCAUGGCUGUUUCCAUGAGGGGUUUGUUUUUUGUUAGCUGUUUCCAUCUUUCUAAAAACCAAGUGGAUAUCAAUAAUGGGUCCAAAGAAGUAGAUAAUAUGGUUUGGGGGCACAUUAAUUUUCCAUGCCAGAAACCUUUAUUUUUCUUGUGGUCAUGGGUGGGAAUGCAACUACUUCUACAGGUAUUGUUAACAUAAAACAGUUUCAGCAGUUUCUUCUUGUAGGAGGAAAAACUGAAAAUAUUCCAGAUACAAAAAGUGGCAUGUUAUACUACUCAACAAGUUUGUAUUCAGAUUUAAACUUUUGUUUCUACGUGUGUGUCUGCAUAUAUAGAAAAGAAGAAUGUCCUAUUUCUUGCCAGCCUUGUCCAUAAAUUGCAAACCAGUUAACUCCAUCUCUUUAUUUUUAAAAAUCUUUUUAGCUUUUUACACUGUGAUACUAAACUGUGAGUGUGGAAUAAUAAAAGGGAGCCCAUCUACUAUUUAAUAAUGGGUGGGAGAAUUGCUAAACAAUUAAAACUGUAUUUGCAAGUCCACAAAUUAUAUUUGAUAAAAAUCACAUGUUUUAGCUAAAAUAUUUAUAAUAAAUGUUUUUAUACAUUACAAAUUUGGAAUCAUUUUUUUUUCUUUUCUGUUGUAUAGUAUACAAAUAAACAUUUUUAACUUGC